GACACGCUGCACGGUUGCUUUUUUUCUCCGUGUCCUCGGUUAUGUUUCCUCACGCCGACAACAGAGGCGCGAAUCCGUUGUCCACGCCGUCGACCCCUGGAGAGCCGAACAAGGAUGCGGCUUCCCCAUUGUCGGUGGUUUCGCAGGAAAGUAAGAAGCUGCGGCGGCCAAAGUUGGGCGCGGAGUCCAGCUCCAAGAAAGCUCGCCAUCAAAGCGCGCGAUCCUUCCGGGGGCAAUCCAAGAAAGUGCCGGACACUCCGGACAACGCGCAGAAUGGCACUACGCAAGGACAGCGCCAGGCUGUGGUGCCAGGGAGAGCCAAGGAGCCCCGGGCUAAAGAAAGGGACAUCGAAUCAACGGCGUCCGCCAAUAUAGGCGGGGCCAAGCCUUCCCACGAACCCAUCGUCGCAAAGCAUGACUAUUCCGGGAGCCCUGACGUCCCGAGGCUAGGCUCGCCGUCUGCAGACCAGUUGCGUUCAUCGUUUUCAUCGCUGGGCCCUCUACCCGUUUCGACCGAUCAACAUAAGGCAGGACUCUCGCCGAAACUAGAGAUUGCUGAAUCCUUGGACGAAGUCGAUCGCCUGACUGCAUCCAAAUCACUUGCGAAGGGUGAACGAACACCAGAUCUUCCUGGAACGUUUCUUGAAGCGCCGCAAGCAGGAACGUCGUCACCACCCCACUCAACAACGCAAGAUGCGACGUCGUCGGCACUGCAGAAGCCGCACGACGACGAUGACACACCGCACGAAUCUCCGGAGCGCAUCGCGAAAUCUUCUUAUGGAGUUUCGACACCGAGCGCUGCCGCCGCCCUGAUUUCCGCUGCUAAAUAUCAGUCUCUGAUUACGUCGACAUCUCGGAACGCGAAUGCGACUGAUACGUUUGGCGCCCAAACCCAGAAUGCCCAGGACUCGAUGAACACGUCCAAGCAGUUCCCGGCCACCAAAGGGGGCGCCGACCCGGGCGGUGGCCAGUUAACUGUUGGAGCGGUCAACCAAGACCACGAAGGCGCGCCGACGAUCUUCUCUGCUUCAGCUGUGGCACCGUUAAGAGAGACAGCCGGGCACAUCACAACGACGAGCGACCAGCAACCCGAGACGGCCCUGAGGGAAAUGGCCAACUUACCGUCGCUGUUGGACAGGCUCCUCAACCCGCUUAGAAAGCGGGCGUACUUCGGAUCGGUCACGCUCAGGGUGCUGACGCCGCAGUCGACGCCAUCCCUGACGCCUUCGCCGUUUAAGAACAGGUCCUUGAGCUUCUCGGCUGUCGACAGGCUGCCGCAGAUCGUCGUCUCCGCCAUCAUUCUGGUGGCCACGGCGUUCGCCAUAUACUCGCUGCUCCGGUACACCGACGGAAGCGGUGGAGGUGAUACCUCCGGUGGCCGCCCGACGCUUUGCCAGACCGCCGACUGCGUUCGGCAUGCAGACCUGUUCGCUGGCCGGCUGAACGCUAGCAUCGACCCUUGCGAGGAUUUCGCCGCAUUCGCGUGUUCCGCGUGGGCUUACGGGAAGCCGCACCACCGUGAUGAAUCGACGUCGAAUCGACAGGAAAUCGUGCUGAACUUCACUCGCAACUUCAUGGAAACCACCACUACUGGCCUCAGGCACAUUCCGGUGGGCAGCAAAGUUCUAGCCAUGUUCCAUGCGUGCAUGGAUAUGACGGCGUACAGCUCGCACAGCAAGAAGGUCAUUCGUCAGUUCUUGGCUGACGAGGGCGUCUCUUGGCCGGAAAGCGCGAGUUCCCCGUCUUCUGGAGUCAUCUCUUCGCCUCUCAGGAUAUUGAUCCGCUUCGCUGUCAACAGGUGGCAGCUGCCCCUGUGGUUCAACGUGCUCGUGUUGACCAAGUUGUCGCGAGGCCGUCGAGCAGUGCUGAUCGAGGACAAUCCGAAGAUGCGUGACUGGGCGGCCAUGCAUAAGCGGCUCGAUGCGACGAACUCUACUUUCCGGUACUGCAGUGGUCACUACGAGGCACUGUUACCGCGAGACGACGCGAUACGACGGAAGCGGGAUUCCCACUCGGAAUGCGACGAGGUGACCCGUAUCGAGAAGACCGUGUACCGUGAGCUCCUCGACAACCGUGAAGGCAAGCCAAAGACGGCUGCCAUGUUCCCACUGGACAGCAUCGAACACUACACUUCGGGCGCCUUCUCAUCGAGCGAGUGGCUUGAGAUGCUCAAUAACCAUGCAUCGGUCACUGGGCAGCCCAGGUUCACAACAUCGGACCGUGUUGUCCUGAGGGACACUGGGCUACUUGCGGGUGUCGGCCGGCUCUGGGUGAACCACAGCAAAGAGAAACUACUGGGGGCGUUAUCCUGGCUUCUGGCGCAGAUACUGGGGCCCAUCGCUGACGCUGGGCUGCUUCUGUACAGGUACGACAGUCUCAACGCCGCCAAAGUCAGGCGCGUGAAUUUCUGCGCCACCGAGGCUGAAGAGAUCUACCGGUUUUUGGUGAUCGCCCUUGCGACAGCGGUCAACUUUCCAGAGGGACUGCGCCUAAAGGUCAACUCGCAACUCAGCACGGUUCGGCAGAUGGCCUUAGACCUGAUCGGAGCUCUCCCGUGGCUCGACAACGCCACCGACGUCAACGCUCAGAACAAGCUCUCACGCACCAGGACUCUGCUGUGGCCCGCCAACGACCUCCUCACGGACGAGGCGCUCUCGAUAAUGUACUCCGGCUUUCCCGAGGACAUGCACGCCGCGGGUGAAACGUUCGCCGACCUCUGGCUUCACUCCAGACGAGCUCUGUACGAACUGCAGACGGUCCCUGUCUACCACGGCGCCGCAGCCGACAUGCCGCCCAACAUGCGCCUGCCUUUGGCCAAAUACGACUACCUGCGCAACACGGUCGGCAUCUCGGUCCAGGCACUGUCCGAGCCAAUGUACUACGCGCAGGGCACGAACGCCAUGUUCUACGGCGGCCUGGGCUUCGUGUACGCCCGCGAACUCGUCAAGACCGUGGACGGCGAGGGUGUGUUGUUCGACGCGGACGGCAAUGUAGGUCAAGAAUGGGCGUCAGACGUGUGGAGAAUCACCAUGGUCGAACGAAUGUUCUGUCUGGCGGCUGACGACAGUGACCAUAAAAGAGGAACCACAACAGCCGGAAACCAUCGCCUCUUUCCCGACACUCCGGCGCUGGAGGUGGCAUACGCGGCGCUGGAGCGGGCGCUCGCUUCGGAGCCCCGGUCCACGAGGGUCAUCGAGGCAUACACCGAGCAACAGCUUUUCUUCAUCACGCUUUGCUACCUCAUGUGCGGGGGCGCAAACCCGGGUGCCAUGGACUGCAACAGAGCCCUGCGCCACUUCCCGCCCUUCGCACGACACUUCAACUGCGCGUCGGGGAGUAAGAUGAGGGCCGCCAAGCAAUGCUCUUUCCUCUACACAGAGCACAACGGCGACGAGCACACAGCGAAAUGAACUGUAGUCACAGGUCUUUGCGUGGUAUCGGUUGUGUUAUUCGUGGAAUAGUACGUUGGACAAUGGAUAUUUUUUCGAACAUUCCGUAUAUAAUAUCACCCACUAAGCUAACGUCAAGCAACGAAAUGACACUUGUUUUAUUUUUCAUUUGAGUAGCACUUCUUCGUGUCACUUCGUGACAGCGACGAACGACGUGCAACUUGUAUUGACUCGAUCUUAUAUAUUGUUACAGAUGCUCUUAAGCCGUGGAUAACUGGCCCUAGAGAUCGCAUAAUUGUGGGUCAGGCACGGGAAUGCUUAACUGUGCUUUUUUUUUCUUUAUUUAUUGCGUUGCGCAACCUUGCAAUGAAGCAUCCGACUUCACUGUUACUUCUUGUGUUUAACAUUUCCACAUGCGAACCUCUAUGCAACACUUUUGUUAGGAUUGGCCAAGUCGCCCAGGGUAAACGUGCAGUGAUGUGUAUUCUACAAACUCUGUGCAUUCAGUACAGUGUCGAUAAUGACAGCUGCAGCGACAGCUGAAAUGGGAUGCCAAGCCGACGGACAUUGUGGACUCAUUUUUUUUUUUUGCAUGAACCCGCAUGAAAGCGAAUGAGCACCCGGUGGUCCUUCGAUAUUAGCGCCUGUGAAAAGUUUUUUUUUCUUGGAGAAACCUUAAAUGCAGCAGCGGCUUUGAACCUUAAACUUUAAGUCACCAUGUGGGACAUCGCAGUAAUGCGCAACAUGACAAGUGUAUUGCCAGCAGGCUUUUCCGCAGGGCAUACGUUGGCACGAACUGGACCCCCUUGCGUUUUCCAGUAAGCGCACUUUGAAGUGUUCACGUUUUGAACAGCCAUUGCAGUAGCAUUGCAGUAGCAGCUCGCAGUAAAUCUUUAAUCGCAUCAGUGCCGCCGCCGAAAUUUUCACUAGUUUUUGUAAUCAUACAGUAAUGGUUGACCAACUAUACAGUAGCUGGUAAUACAAAACGGCUGUUUUUUAUCAUCAUUAAUUAUUUAUGUUGUUCGCAGCAUCGCUCUCGUCGACUCUUUGUUUGCGAAAGAAUUCCUCGCCGCAAUCACUGGCUUCUCCAACGUAUUUCUUGAACUGUUUGCUUUGUAAGUAAUGACCAUGCAUAAUGGGCUACAGUGCGUAAAAGAACUAGGCAAAAAGCUCACAAAAAUGCCGAGCAACGUGUAGUGCUGCAGUGCGCUUGCUUGCUUAUUGUCUGCUCGUUAAACUAUUCACUUUGUAAGUCUUGUAAAUUACUGCAAUAAGUCACAUCAUAAAGUUACAUUCGUUGUCUUCGUA